AUAAUGUUAUUAUUAUUAGCAUCAAGAAAACGAAAAACGAAGAAGAAGAAGAAGAAGAAAUUAUGAGUUCCAUAGGAGCCGGGCAAAGUGUAAUAGUGGCAUUAACUGUUACAGUACUGAACAAAUAUUCUUGCUUGAAUAUUCACACACCGAAAUCAACAAGAACAAGAAAAAACCCUACUGAGAUUGGAAGGAGGAGAGGACUGGUUUUAUCCACUCUGGUUGCUGCCACCCAAGUCAGUGACUCAAGAACUGAGCUUCUGAACAAGUAUCUGAAGAAAUCUGAGGAAAAUAAGGCCAAGAAUGACAAAGAGAGACUGGAUAGCUAUUACAAGAGAAAUUACAAGGGAUUACUUUGACUUUGUGGAUGAUCAUUGAGAAAUAACGAGGAGAAGCAGCUUUCUGAGCCAGAAAAAGGGUAUUCUUGAUUGGCUUCAAAAAAUAAAUAAUUAAUUUAAUUUCUAAUUAAUCUAAUUCUUAAUUGUUAAUUGUAUAAUUAAGAAAUUAAAUCAGUCUUUGGAAUUUAGAAAAUUAAUUAAUUUG